AUGAGCGAGGUGGCUCUGAAAAGGUCUGCAGUUUCUGAGAUUCCAACUGUCACAGUUGUUGCAGAUGAGGAAUUUUUGCCAUUUCAAGAUAACACCUUUGAUCUUGUUGUCAGCAGUUUAAGCUUGCACUGGGUGAAUGACUUACCUAAAGCUUUCCGUGAGAUCCAUCGGGUACUUAAAGAAGAUGGAGUGUUCAUUGGCGCCAUGUUUGGUGGAGAAAAACACUUUAUGAACUUCGCUGCUCCUUACAGUUGGCUGAGUUAGAGAGGGAAGGAGGCUUUUCACCUCAUGUGUCUCCAUUUACUGCUGUUAAUGACCUAGGCAAUCUGCUGGGUAGAGCUGGGUUUAACAUGCUGACUGUGGAUACGGAUGAAAUUCAGGUUCACUAUCCUGGAAUGUUCGAACUAAUGAAAGAUUUGCAAGGUAUGGGAGAGAGUAAUUGCGCUUUGAACAGAAGAUGCUUGCUGCACAGGGAUUCAAUGAUAGCAGCUGCAGCCAUAUACCAAGAGAUGUACGGGGAGGAGGAUGGCUCUGUACCAGCCACGUUCCAGAUAUACUAUAUGAUCGGGUGGAAACCUCAUGAAUCGCAGGCAAAGCCAGCCAAGAGAGGUUCUGCAACGGUGUCAUUUGGAGAUCUUGGAAAAGUAAAUGAAAUUGUACCAAAGUCUAAGAAAGAUGAAAGCUAA